AUGCUUUCUAUUCUUCGCGCCUGGGUAAAGGCAAAUGGGCCAUUUGACAUCUCGCCUCGAGAGGCCCUGGCCGCACCAACCACAGAUGAGGAAACAUAUAUCCAAAGUGUUGUCAUUCUUACCUUGUCGGUUGUCUCGGCCAUGGCAGCAGGAUGGAUCCUGCUUAGCUUUGCAGUUUUCAGGCCACUACGGUCCUUCAGGCACCAGCUUAUUUUGGGUCUCGCGAUUAGUGACUGCAUUAUGGCCAUCAACUUCCUUUCUUCCUCGUCAUUGGACGUCAGCGGCCGAUUAAUUGGAGGGACCGACAUGGAAGGGUUCUGUAGCUUCAACGGCUUCAUGACGCAGGUCUUCGUCGUUCAAACGGAUUACUGGGUUCUCACAAUUGCCAUUUGCACAUACGCGAUCUUGGCCGAUCAUAAGCACAUCUCUGUCUGGGUCCAGGAGAACUGUCGGCUGUUAAUGGCAAUUCCAUGGGUGUUUUCACUCAUCUGGGCAUCGAUCGGCUUGGGAGUUGCUGGCUACGGCGACAUUGGAGCUUGGUGCUGGUUCACUUCCGAUGAAGUCCGUCUUCUCGUCAACUUUGUUCCGCGUUGGAUCAUUAUCGCCAUCAUGCUAGCCAUGUACACCCGCCUAUAUCUUGUGCUGUACCGAGCUCAUAGUCCAUUCGCGUCCUCACACGAAUCUACCACAGAAGAUUUGAACCGACCGUCGCUGACUGCUUCGGUGCCAAACGGUCGAAGAAUCAAGAAGAUGGCCCGCCUCAUGCUUAUGUAUCCUGUCGCGUAUAUUUUUGUCUGGACACUGCCAACAGCAAUCCGCAUUUACCAAGCCUCUAAAGGCAUCUCAGCACCCUUUGCAUUGCAAACGAUAGAUAAAUCUUGCAUCGUGAUCCAAGGCUUCGUCGACGCCCUUAUUUAUGGUGUAACCGAGCCUACAUUGUCUCAUUGGCGCAACUUACUCUUCCCUAAACCGUUACCCACCACAGACGGUGUAAUCCUCACAUACGUUACUACGACUGGGCCAGUCCGUGUCACGGCGUCGCGCUUGAGUGAUGGCGAAUCCACAACCGGUUUGAAGACAAUCAUCACAGCAAAGGACAGCAGGAGCUCGGAAGAUCAUGUCUUUUAG